AUGCCGAGUCCGAAUACCAUCUCCGACUCCAUGAAGCAGUCCAUCUGGCCACGGACUACGACCCCGAGGAACGAACACUCGGAGCCGACGGCCUGGUCCGACGCCAGGAUGAACCGCGUCAACCAUAAAACUGCCGCGCAACUUUCCGGGACCUCCAAGCUCUCGUUCCGUGACCCAGCGAUCGAUUCAAACCACCGGGGCGGCAGCUAA